AAGUGUCUUGUGAGUAGAUAUUAGUAAUACAACAAUAAAAGUUCGGACUAUUCCGUACAAUUAUGACGGCAUCGCAUUAACGAGUAUAUAUAUUCUCGCAACCUCCAAUGACAGAACGCCAAGAUUUGAGCGCUAUACAACAACAUAUGUUUCUAAUAUUUAGUUUGCAGAGGGAAAAGUUGCAGCCACGCUCGUGACCCUACGCUUGUAACAGAAAGCUGACUUUUAUCGACUCUUCACUGAAUUUGAAACAUUGUAUUGUCUCUCUCGAGUACUUCUAUUUUUUUACUGAAAUUUAUCGUAACCAUUGAGGAACCUGUCUUCCAUUGACGGAACAGAGAGAAUCGGUGAUAGGGAGCACUUGCACAGAACGGUAUAAAAAUAGAGAGAGUCAGAGAGCGAACAUAGCAAGUCACCAGCAGUCUGGAUUAGCGAGAUAAAAACGAAAGUUCCGUUCCGAUAAUAGUAGAAAAACUGUCUAGGCGCAUGCAUGGUCUGGAAUCAAGGUGGUUGCCUGUUGGUGGUUCCAGAGGUGAGGAUUAGUGGAGUGCCACUGGAUCUUGGGACGGAGGAUAACCGCAAAAUGUCUUCUGAGACGGAUGAAAGUUUACCCGAAGAUGAAGCGAAGGCGACCGAAAACGAGGUCAUGGAACCAGAGACCAAAUUGGACACCUUCAUUAACAAAAUCAAGGACUUCUUCAAGAAAAUGUAUGCAGUCUCCAAAUCUCUAUUGGGACUGUCUAUCCUUCUAGUGCUUUAUUCUAUCAUUGGGAUGAUUAUGUUUCAUUGGAUCGAGUAUGAAGAAGAAUUGGACCAGAGAGCCAAAGUGGUGAACUUCCGGGAAAAGACCGGAAAAGAACUGUUUAAAUUAAAUAGUAAAAACUUGAAUGAAACAGAGUGGAUUGAACAGUCCCGAAAAAUAUUGGAAGAUUACGAAGAAAUGAUCAGGUCCUCGCCCCACGAUACCACACAAAAACCAUUGUGGAAUAUGUGGGGAUCUCUCUUCUUCUGCGCUACGAUUUAUACCACAAUAGGUUAUGGGCAUAUUACACCAAACACAGACUUUGGAAAAGUCAUGACGAUAUUUUAUGCCACCAUCGGAAUACCUUUGGCUUUAAUGGUGCUAGCAGAAGUCGGCAAAAAGCUAACAGUUGGAUUAAAGUUCCUCUGGAAAUUUGUCCGGCGGUAUUACUACACUGGUUACUGCAUAAAAGCGCGACAAACAGGAUCAACAUAUAUGAAAAGUGGAUUUCAACGAGGGAAAACGGCUUUAAGGAAAGCGUCCGUGAAAUCUGUUCGCCGACUUAGAGGUCGCCGACAAGCACCUGCCGAGGACGGCGAGCAUAGCGAGUCAACCAACAGAGACGGCGAUAUAGAGUCCGGGUCCAACAACCCGAACACAAUGACACUUCCUAUAGCCGUCAUGGAAGACACCGCCCAGUACAUGGCAGAGGCGAUCGCACUUGAACAGGUUACACUGCAAGAAAAUGUCGUCCAGCAAAUAACACUGAUGGUUCCGGAGACGGAGGAGACCGAGAGCGCAUGCGGCGACUCUGUGACGUCAAAAGAUUCCCAUGAAAUGAAUGAUUUUGAAAUCGAUGAAAAUUUCAACCUUCCACUUCCGAUAGCUUCCGUUAUCAUGUUGAUAUACAUCUUCCUAGGAACUUUCUUUUACAUGAUUUUAGAGGGAUGGAAUUUCAUUGAUUCAUUUUAUUAUGUAUUUAUUUCAAUCAGCACGAUUGGAUUUGGUGACAUUGUGCCAGGCCAGCCAGAAUAUUUUUUGGUGUCGUCAAUCUACCUAUUCUUAGGACUGGCCCUGGUUUCUAUGUGUAUUAACGUUGGUGUGGACUACCUCAAUGUGACAAUCGACAAAGCAAAAAUUCAGAUGGAUAAAGCUAGAGACAGAAUGACUGUUGUCGGUAAAAAGCAUAUGAAAAUUGCAGGAGAACACUGGGGCAAAGCAAAAGUUAGAGCAAAGACGAAAGUGUCCGAAGUAAAGUCUAGAGCUCGAGAAAAAGCAACGGAAGUACAAAAUAUCGCUAGAGACAAAGCGAAGGAAGUGAGAAAAGAUAUAGUAUUAAAUGUACAGAAUGAACUUUCAAGAAUGAAAUCGACAAGGAAGAAAAAUUCUUUGGACUCAAAUGGAAAGCCGCCAUCUGAAGAAAGUGGUGAACGAGAAAGGUCAGUGGAAAAACACUUAUCCCUGAGAAGGGUGACUCAUAAAAACGACAGGGACAAAAAUGUUAUAAACGGAUCUCCAAAGCAUUUCAAUCCUAGCGGCCCUGUUACAGAACUGUGAGAUCCGAGUUCUAUUUGUGAGUUUAAAAACAAAUUCAAUUUCCGUCGGGGAAACAAGAUUACCUACUAACAGAACUGCCGAAAUGUUACAUAAAAACGCUCAAAUAACGACAACAGAAGUUGUGUGGGAUGUAAAAAUAAAAGAAGAGUUUUUAAUACAUCUUAUGCAAGUUAGAGUGAACCAAAAGGACAUGAUUCCAGGAGAAAACGGCGAUGUCUUUCAACAGUUGUUCAACUAUACCGUCGUGAGGCAUUGUCGUGUGAAAAACGUCUACAGACUCCAAGGUUGUGAAACAACCAGAUAAAAAGCAACAAAUGAUCGUUCAGAAAUAAAACGAACUAUCAGAAAUAGCCAUAUCAGACAUGUAUUUAUAAACCUUUAUCAUCUAUACUUCCUGAAACAUACAUGAAACAUGGGUGCAUCAGGGUACAUUGCAAGUUCACUUUAUGUUUCUGUGUGUAGAGGUAAAGAUAAAAGGGACGAUAGCAUCACUUCCUACUUUACAAACAUUUCCAUUUGUUUAUUCAUUUACCCCAGAAACUGACAAUGCAAAUUUUGUGUACAUCUUUAACAUGACUGUGUAAAUGACCCCAUUACCCUUCCACACCACUUGAAGAGAGAGAGAGAGAGAGAGAGAGAGAGAGAGAGAGAGAGAGAGAGAGAUCUUAUUUAUGUACUUUAUGUUUACCAGAAACCACUUGCUAGAGUUCCAAUGUGCAAAUGAAAAUGAAUAAUACCACCAUUGUUUAUACAUGCAUAUACAUCGAUAUUCACCAUCACAUAACAGCAAGAACGCUUCAUAACUUUCAUUCUCUGGAAGCAAUUACCACAAUACCCACCCAGAAAACUUUAUGACUCAUAUUUCGUUUCGCUAAUUAAGAUGUGUUAUUUUGGUUCUCCAGUUAAAUUUAGAGUAUCAUUGCAGUAAUGGGGAUUCAUAAAACGGAGAAGCGUUUUGGAGUUUUUAAACGUCUUGAUAGCUCCUUGACUGACGGGUCAAUUAGAUCAUAUUCUACCUUCUGCUUCAAAACUAGAACACAUGUAAGUGUUUACAGAAUUCCCAGGAAUGUUGUCAGUGCCACGGAUUAAGGCGAUCUAUAACCUGCGAUGUUUGAAACUUGAUUGGUAUAAACAUCUAGCGGCAAAGAAAGAAAUAUUAUUGUAUCACUCAGGAAAAGCAAGGAAAUAUAAUGGUGUUGAGUCUGCGGUCGAUUUGUCUCUCUUUCCUUUGCAAUACAACAGCCUUGCUGUUUUUAAUGUAGAUUUCCCUGUAAAAGAAUAAUAAAACGUUGGAUGUACAUUGUUUAAAUCAAAUACAAAAUACGUUUGCAUUGAAUCUUACACGAUUAACCAGUAGCACAUUGGAAAAAGUUUAAUAUCGACUGCAACUGAUAAACUUUUCUUUAUUCUUUUAACAAACAAAACAAAUCAACGAAACAAUCAAUGUUGUCCUCUAUUUGUUCACUAUAUAUAAGUACCUCUCAAAAAUCAAAUAUGUAUUUUACACGAGUUAUAUAAUUGAACUCACAACUGUAUCUUGUUAAAUAUAGAAGAAAAUAUGUUCGUUUGGAAAUAUGUGCAUGGUAGUUGACUGUUAAUUCAUGUAAAAACGAAACCCUUGCCAUUACAAAGGACGAUCACCUUCGAAAUUGCUAUAUGGUUGUUUUGGUGACCGAUUUCUUUGCAUUGGCAGCCGUAUUAUCCCGCCUUUUGCAUCGAGAUAUGUGGGGAUUUUUAGAUUACCAUUGUUAUGUUCAUGUAUGACUGAUGUUAUCUGUUUUUCAUCUCCACCAUUCCAGUUAAUAAAUUUUUUCUAAUUUUACAA